AUGGGGCCCCCGGGCAAUAGGGGAUCAUGGUGCCCCUGUGUCCUCACCCACACUCAAACCACGCCCAAAAAAGCCUAUGAAAGUUACCAGGGGCAUCUCAUGUGGCCCCUUACUGACCCUGGGCCCUCAAGGCAGUGCCAGAAUUUCCGAAUGGUCAGUCCGCCCCUGCUGUCCACACAUGCACCAAUAUGAUCAUUAAAACAAUCAUGCAAACAAAAGACCCUUUAUGCAAUCUAAAUGUACCCAAUUGGGCAUAGGUCAGAUCUGUGUGCCCAGAUAGGACCUCCCAGUGGCUAUUCUAUGGACAAGGUACACUU